CUGCCUCCCCGCCGCAUCACUUUACGGCAACAUGGCAGCCCACUUGCCCCAGUUAGUCCUCGGUAGGCUAUAAGCUGGAUAAUUUGGCCAUGGCCGGGCGGACGCAUCGCUCACCGACUCAGCGCAGGUGAAGAUGAUGAUUUUGUGUUUUCGGAGUACCCCGGCGCCUCUGUGCCGCAAGGCCGUCGAGUGUUUGCUGUUGGCACGGCGCGGAGCUGCGUGUGGGCUGGAGCUGGCGACAUGGCGUCUCCAGCGCACAACACCUGUCAGGGCGGCGGGGAGAGGCUCCUGGAGCUUUGGCCUUAGAGGGGGUGACUGCCGCGCUCCUUGUCGCCUCGGCCCGCUUCCGUCAACGUGGUGGAGAACGUGUGGGAGUCUGCUCGUGCUACGCGGAGGUCACCGCUGCUCGGCGGUUAACUCCUGGGCUCUCCUGUCAACCGGAGGCCGAGGGCUUAGUGGGAAGAACAAUCAGCAAGGCGACACCGAGGGGAAGGCCGCCCCGGUGCCCGGACAGGGGCUCUUUAAGUUUAAAGAACUGUACGAGAACCCAUGGACCAUCCCCAACCUGCUGUGCGUGUGUCGGAUAGUCCUGGCUCCUUUCCUGGGUCAUCUGAUCAUUCAACAACACUUCCACCUCAGCCUGGCGCUCUUCACCCUGGCUGGAGCCACUGACCUGCUGGACGGUUACAUUGCCAGGACAUGGCCCACACAGAAGUCGGCGCUGGGAAGCGCCUUGGACCCACUGGCAGAUAAAAUCCUUAUCAGCGUUUUAUACAUCUGCCUCACAUAUGCAGACAUCAUACCUGCACCACUGACGGCUCUGGUGGUUUUCAGGGACAUUGGUUUGAUCGCCGCCGUCUUCUGGGUCAGAUACAAGACCGUGCCGCCACCGGUGACUCUCAGUAAGUUUUUCAAUCCCUGCUACACCACAGCUCAGCUCAAGCCUACAUUCUUCAGCAAGGUGAACACGGCCAUCCAGCUGGUUCUGGUUGCGGCAUCCCUGGCGGCUCCGGUCUUCCAGUACACAGACAGCAUCCUGCUGCAGGGCCUGUGGUUCGUCACCGCCAUGACCACCGCGGCGUCGGGCUACAGCUACUGGCACUACGGCCGUAAGACCGUCCGAGUGCUAAACACUAGGUCGCCAUGACGACGAAAUUCACUCGCAAACGAGCUUUGGAUAAACAAGAGUCGGUGGAGGUCUGGGGGAGGCACGAGCCAGACACGCGAGCGCGGGAUGACGGCCAAGAGUAGUGAGAACAAACAAGCGACUGCUAAGGGGUCGCCAUGGCGUUGACUCGCUGCAGAUGGUGGUACUGCAGCUCAUCCACUGGACCUACUGUAUGUAUGAAGAGAGAGUUUCUUAUAUUUUUACACAGUCAUCACAGUCACACCAUGUAUAAAUGUUUGCUUUAUCAGUAAAAAGAGAAAAUCUGUUCAUUGUCAA